GUCGCGGUUACUUUAAAGGCUCCUAACUUAUUACCUAUAUGAUAGUUGCGAUCAUAUUGGUCUCCUUUCGCUAUUUAGAAUACCGAAUAAGUCUACUACGAUUGAUAUAUGGCACAAAAUAAGACAGAAAAAGUAGUCAUUCCAAUGGAGGUCGCACAAGAAUAUGCAGCAAAACUUCUUGGUUUUGAACCUCUUCAACUUUCUGAUGAUCUGUACAACACAAUUCUCACACAUAUAGGACAAAUGAUAGAUGCAUUUCAAAAGAAAUUACUUGAAAAAUGUAUAUCCAGUUCUGCAAAACGAAAAGUUGAGAAACUGAUUAACUAUUUCAUACAAAAACUAGAAGACUGUCUUGCGGACAAGUUUCACUCUAUUGAUGUACUUUUAGCCACUAAACUAUUCUAUCUGCAUCCUUCAGUGGUUCUCAAAGAUGAUGAACCUCAAUUAGAUUACUCUGAAAAACUGGACAAGUCUAUCCAAGACAAAAUAUUAACUCAUACAAGAAGAAUUUCAGUUCUUAAAAGGUGCCUGAUAAAAAUUAAACAAGAAAUUGAUCAAAUCAACUCAGUUAUAGAAACUAUAAGAAAUAUGAAAAAUCGUAUCAGGGAAACGGUGGAAGAUGUUUACAAUGUUAAAUCAAUUGAAGAACUGUGCCUUCGUGUCAGUGAACGGAAUGACUCAAUCAAUCGAUUAUAUACUGCUGUGACUACUAAUGCAAAUUUAUCUGAUGACUUGUCUUUUUCCAUGAAAUCAUCUAUUUAGAAAAGAAUAAAGGACAAGAGCAAACGGUGAUUUUUUUUAAUUGGUUGGAUGAUUCAUUAUAUUGACAAAUUGCUUGUGUAUACAGUUGUUGAUUAACUCUAUUUUCCAAGUAUUAUAUACCAGUUUUAUUUACAUAUUGUAUAUAUAUGUGUGUGUGUAUUCAUUGUUAUUUUCCUUUGAAGUUGAAUAUUUUUUGUUCUCAAAAAAUCAGAUGGUCGAAAGUUUAUAUAAACAUGCGUAUUUUCCUAAUUCCUGAUUAUCCCAUACCUCUGUCGUACUUUUCUAAAUAAGUUGGGUAUGGGGAAGUGGUUAUCCUUGAAAAAUAUUAACACCGAAUUUUCAUGUAAUUUAUACAUCUCCAUUUAAUAAGGCAUAAUAACAUAUGCAUAAAAACUCAUGGGUUUGUUUGGUUUUUUUCCAGAAUUAGCAACAGGAGUUAUUUUGAAACGCAUUGCGUGAAAGCGUCCUUUAUUUUCAGGUUAUAAUUUUCAGGCAAAUGCAAAAGUAGUUAUGAUCUUGAAAU